UUCUCUGGAAAAGUUGUUCUUUCUUGUUAAAUUUGUGAAUUCUAUUCUAUAUUCUACUUGCUUUCGAGGAGUAUUGGCAAGAUUUUGCACGAAAAUUGGAAAGAAAUUUAAUAUCUGAAGGGUUUCUUUAUUUAAUUUCACUGUAAAAAGAAAAUGGAGAAUGCAGAGUCUCCUGUGCUCCCUCAGCCAAAUUUAAAUGAGUUGGCUGUAGACAUGUUCCAAAAAAGUGCCGAAUAUAUUGAAGCUGAAUUGGCAGUUGCCCAAGAUGAUUACAAACUUUUAACCGAUCUAAACAACGAGUGUAACAUGACGUAUGCUGGUUUGAGGAAAAUUGGUAGCAAUCUUAAUAAGCAGCUGAAAGAGAUGACUGAGAAACAUUCUGCACUGAAACCUUAUUUAGAAAUGAUUGAUUCCAUAAGUGAAAGUACAAGUAAACUAGAAGCUGUUGCGUAUAUGAUGGAUGCUUAUUCAAAGCGCUUGGAAGCAAAAUUCAAAAGCUUGGAAAAAAGAUGAAAUGAUUUCUGAUGAAUUACAUCUCAUGGUAUCUGUUUCACUCUCUUUAAGAAGCACAUUUUAAUGUAGAUGAGCAUCUGAAAUCAAUUUGCAUUGCUAAACACUUUGAACAUUGUUGAUUGUCUUAGAAGAGAAAUGAGUUGUGUAUGGGAUGUACUGUUUAUGUGAUACACUUCUUUCUAAAAUUCUGUAAAUUACUUUUCCGUGUCUCAGUGCUCUCUGAUUUUAAAUGCUACCAUGUUUUAAGAUGGAAAUACAAUUUAUAAUGUUUUUAUUAAAAUUUUUAUUUACUUGCA